UGUUGUUGCUACAGACCCGAUGUCAUGUGACUCAAGUGUUCGCUGUGUAGCUAGCGGAGUGGAGCUUGCCCAAGCUUCGGAGGAGAAUGGAAUUUAUCUUUUAGUUUUUAGUGAAGGUCACCUGUUUUGUGUUCCUCCUCUGAAGGAAGUUGACACUGUGGAGUGGUCUCGAGGGUCUUGGCACAGCGCCGAGGACUCGCCAAGGACACCAUGGGCUGCUGUUACAGCAGCGACAACGAGCCCGCGGAGCAGGACAAUGAUGAGCGGAAGCCUCUGAUCCCGCACCCCAACCCCGACAAACCAGCCAAUGGGACGGAGCGAAGCCCUGCGGCCCCGCCCUCCACACGCCCCGACGAGCAGGCGCUGCUCAACACCAUCCUGCACAGAACCGCCCAGAGCAUCAUCGAUGUGUCGGCUGCAGACUCACAAGGCAUGGAGCAGCAUGAGUACAUGGACAAAGCACGGCAGUACAGCACUAAGUUGGCCGUUCUGAGCUCCACACUCAGUCAGAAGAAGCCUGCACCCCUUCCCUCCCUCACUAGCCAGCCCCACCAAGUGCUCGCCUCAGACCUGAUACCCUCGGCAGACCUGCUACAGGUGUCUAAGGUGGCUGCGUACGCGUACAGUGCCAUCUCCCAGAUCAAGGUGGACGCCAAGGAGGAGCUGGUGGUGCAGUUCGCCGUCCCAUAAGCCCCUCCCACAACGUCCCCAUAAGCCCCUCCCCCAAACGCCUCCUUACCCACAAUCCCCCCCCCCCCCACACACACACAGCUAAAUGCGGUCACUCUUCACCAACACACACACACACACACACACACACACACCAGACUCGGCCAUGUUCAUGCACGCACACUAUCUCACGCGCACACACACCCCUGCACUGCGUCUGUCCUCCCCCUAGUGAGUGUGUGUGAAAUCCCCUAAUGAGUGUGUGUUCUGGAGGGAUUGUUCUGAUGGCUGGUGGUGGGUUCACACAACUGUUCAUUUGUGUUUCGAGCUCCUCUCAAUGUGUGUGUGUGCGCUUGCACGUGUGUGUGUGUGUGUGUGUGUGUGCGCGGUCAUUACUGUAACCCCCAGAGUCGGUGUGUCCCGUUCUAACCCCCCCCCCCUCCUGCCCCCUGCAGUCACAUGACCUACUUAGCCCCACCCCCUGCAGUCACAUGACAUACUUAGCCCCACCCCCUGGCAAGCUGGUCUGAUUAGGCCCCGCCUUCUGCCCCUUUGUGGCUCCGCCCAUCUGGUUAUUUAUUGGUCUUUUAACGUGUGCGUGCCGACGCCCCCGCAGAGGUGCAUUCUGGGCCGGGCGCCGCCGGGCUUCUAAAGGGACUCCGCCGACCCACUUCCUGCUUUUAAUGGAUUAAUUGAUUAUGGGAUGGAUUAAUUAAUUAAUUACUGAAUUAUGGGAUUAAUGAAAUGCUGCCAGAUUGCAGUGUGCUCUUGAAACGCUCCUUUUGUUUUUAUGUGGGACCGUUUGUCCCGGCAAGGAUGUGUGUGUGUGUGUGUGUGUGUGUGUGUGUGUGUGCGCUACUACCAGGACUCGUUUGUCUGUGCGUAAGCUGGCGCCGAAAUCAGUUCUGUUCAACUCAACUCAUGCCUAACUUGUGUUCUCUAUUCUGGUGACAUGGAAUUCUGCAUUAAAAGAUUUGGAAGUAC